AUGCGCGGCCUUACCAAGCUUUACACCUAUGCUUGUGAAGACUUGGGCUGCGUAUCCAACAGCGAGCUGGUGCGCUAUUUUACGGCGUUGGACUACAUGGACGAUCUUGAGACGGCCUACCCCACGUGUUUAGAUCUUCGACAGAAUUAUCUUGGCGAUCCCGGUGCUGCUGCGUGUUUUCGGGUUUUGCCUUACAUGUUGUGGAUUCGGCGAAUCGAGGCCGCCAAGAUUGGCUGUGGUCCGCUGGGCGUCCAAGCCCUUUGUGCAGCCCUCGCCUUGCGCACCGCCCCGGCCUCAUUUUUUCAAUCGAAAAAAAACUUGAGGGGGGUGGAUUUACUUCCAUCCUUCACCCCCGCGGGAUCAAUUUCGACUUCUAUGGCUGCCGCCCCCGCAGAUGGGGAUGAUCAGAUGCGUGAAAACGGCGAUGGCCGGUUUGCGGUUAUUCCUUUUGAGUAUAUUGACCUAUCGGGGAACCCCAUUUAUGCCUAUACCGCUGGGAAACUUUUGAAGGCCAUACGCAUGCGCCGAGAUUGGUUAUGGCGGUGCUAUGGAAAGGAGACCGGGGGCGUGGAAAGGCCGCCGCCACUUCAGCUUGUUUUAGAUUGGGAUGUUUUGCCAAAAAGAACGGUUGUUCGGCUUCAAUCCCUCGCAAGCGGUGGACUGGAUGGGCAUUCCAUAUCUCACUCACAUAAUUCCACCUUGCCUCAUCACAUUCCCGAAAAAAGUGAUCAUACCGUCUAUCGAAUAUUGACCGCAUUACCUCCCGAUGAUAACAAUAGAGACCUGUACUAUACUCAAUUUAUUAGCACCAACCCAUUUUUAGGAACCUUGGUAAGACAAAUCAACGAGAAUAUGAAGGACUAUCUAUUCGCUUCUUACCACAUUGAACCGUCCACCGAUAAUGACGAACCUUUAGAUACGGUGGUACCGGCGACCGCCUACUUUUGUGUGGAGUAUGGCGUAGAUUUGCUUUCGUUUUUAAUUACGCAAUCUACAAUUAGUGGGAUCCCGAUGACUUCUCUUGCUAGUUCGUCAAACCGUAGAGAAAAAAUCGUGCACGACCGAAUAGUGGGUCGCGUGCGCGUAUUACUACAAGCCCUGGACGCGACUCCGCAGUUCCUACAGGAGGCUUUAGCGCGCGAUCACGAUGGGCCACUUCUUUCCUAUUAUCUGGAUCGUUUAAAGACAUCAUUUCAUCAAAUUUCAUCCUAUUCUGUAUCCUCCUCAACGGAUUCCUCAACAUGGGCUCUUCCUCAGGAUCUCGAAGUCUUAUACCACCGGGUUGUCUCCAGUCUUGUAUGCCGACGGAUGAAGUGGACGUUAUUGCCCGCGAUCGAAACAUCCGAAGCGCGGAUUGAGGAAAUUAAAAAAUACAUGUUGGACUAUUUGUUGGAUGGUGCUUACUCUCCCCCGACUUUUAAAGCCAACCUUCCAAAUCUUGAGGAUGCAAACCACCAAAACUUUUUCUGUGGUGCGCUAACGCGCUGGUGUGUACAGGCGAUGUACCACAUUCAUAAUGAACCCCAAUCGCAUGACGAGUGGAAUCGUAUUUAUAAAUCGAUGUUCCGCCGACCAUUUGAAACGUCCUCCAGUGAUAUUUUCGACCAAAAGGAAGACUAUUAUAUUCUAGAUUUCUCUAGGAGUGUCUCUGACGAAAUGCAGGAGGACGAAACCUAUCCGCGACAUGUCGAAGAAAGGAAUGGCGGCGUGUGCGGCUUUGCACAGGAAUGCCGAAGUGUCGAUUUUGCAAUUCCUAAACCACCAAUAGACGAAAAGGGUGGAAAAGGGAGGACGACCAUGCCGUUUCCCCCUGGCAAACAUUGCCAACUUGCCCUAAGGACAUUAUGCAAAGUUUUGGAGGAUCCUUAUACCACCAAACGCCUGGAGGUUGUUGCACCACUGCAAAACGCGUUGCCCGUGGAAAUACGCCAUUUCCUGGUGGAUCUUUUAAUAUGUCAGAAUUGCCAAAAGGACACCGGUGGGCCGUAUAUGACGGCGCUUUUUGGCGAGCCUUCCUUGUUGGAAAGUUUUAUCCCCCUGAAUGAAACCGCGGCGUCUGAGGUGAGUGAUCCGGAAAUGGAGGUGGAGGGGUCCUUCCAGAUGAUAGGUUGGAGCCUAAUUGAUGUUCUGGCCGUGUUAUACAACCGAAAGGAUCGACUAAUCGAACUAUUAAAGGCAUUCACGGAGUGGUACCGUUUGAGAACGAUUGAAUCUCUUGUAUCACGGGCAUAG